AACACGUGGCACUCUGCCCGGGAAAAAGCCUGGAAAAACCUCCGACUUGCUGCCGAGUGUCUGGCCCUACUUGUUCUAUUUUUUUUUUCUGGUUACUGAGUUGACAGAGUUUUCUGGUUAGCCAGCGUUCAGUUGGCCAGUGAGUCAGUGAGCUAGUGAGUCGUCCGAUGGGCGAGCGGGAGGCCAAAGUCUUUGCCCCUCCUCCCCCUUCGGCGGGAAACAAAUUAUUUAUAAAGGACAGCAACUAGUUGGGCAAAAGGAACACCCAAAGCGUGGAGCAUUGAGCACUAAGUACUAAGCACUGAACAGCGUGGAAAGUGGGCAAAAGCAAAAGCGAGAAAAGCGAGAAUAAGUUGAGGAAAACGCAGGCUGCCACAGGCGACACUUUGCUCUCUGCCAGCGUCGCUCUGCUGGCGUCGGCAUACGCAAAACAAAUACAAAUUUUCGAAAUACAUUUUACGCGCGCGUGAAGAGGAGCGGAAUUACGUUGGAAAAGCUUUGGGCAAUCUCCGCGAGCCCCAAACACACGCCCACGCGCAUCCACAACGGAGCGCUUCUUCUGCCGCGAAAUGGUGCAAACCAGUGCAGAUGGCUCCGACUUCAAGGAGCGGCUGAUAGCCAGCGUGAAGAAGGAGGUGAAGCAGCUGAUGGAGGAGGCGGUGACCAAGAAGUACGUCCACGAGGAGAGCAGCUCGGUGACCUCGCUCUGCGGCGCCGUGGAGGCCUGCUUGAGCCAGGGACUCCGGCGAAGGGCCCUGGGCUUGUUUAAGACCUCCUCGACGACGGCCCUGCUGCACAAAAUCGCCAAGAGCUGUCCGGAGGCGGAGCACAUCAGCAAGAUGGUGCAGGAGAUCGAGGCGAGCGAUCCCAGCAAGCGAUCCUCCAGCAGCAGCGACAGCUUCCAGCGACCGCCGAUGCUGAAGAAGAGCAGCAGCAACUCGAUGUCCGGCGGCACCAAUGCGGGGGCCACCUCCUCCUCCACCGCCUCCGCCUCCGCCUCCAUCAGCGUGAGUGCGAGCAACUCCAGCAUGUCGCUGGCCAGCAUGAAAUAUUUGUGGAUUCGGUUGGCGCUCUACGAGAAGCGACUCACCAAAAUCAUUGAGUAUCUGGUGAGCAAUGCCAGCAGCUUCUACGACCGGGACUCCCUGGUGUCCGAUCCGGACUAUGGAUCCAUUUUGAGCUCCUUGCUGGUGGGUCCUUGUGCUCUGGAGUUCACGAGGGCCAAGACAGCCGAUCACUAUUGGACCGAUCCGCAUGCCGAUGAACUGGUACAACGCCACCGGAUCAGCUCGUGCCGUCGCUCCUCGUCGACCUGCUCCCGCCCGGCGAUCAUCAACUUCAAGCGGAGCUUGAACACGAGCUCCGACGAGGCGAGCAGCGGGUCCUUCAAGUCCAUUGCCUCGGCGAGCGUGGCCAAGGACUACGUGGAGUCGCUGCAUCAGAAUGCGAAGGCCACUCUCCUCUACGGGAAGAACAACGUGCAGGUGCUGCCGAAGGAUGUGGCCGAACCGAUGCCGGGAUACCUCAGCCUGCACCAGCACAUCCAGACGCUGACGAUCAAGUGGACGCCCAACCAGCUGAUGAAUGGCUACAACGACGGCGACGAGGCGGAGGACAUCGACAAGGACGCCUUCUGGGCCUAUGCCCUCAAUAUUAAUGUGGACGAGAUCGUCUAUGUGCAUUGUCACCAGAGUCGCGGCGAAGACAGCGGCGGCACUGUGAUCCUGGUGGGUCAGGAUGGCGUCCAGAGGCCGCCGAUUCACUUUCCCGAAGGCGGACACAUGCAGCAGUUCCUCAGCUGCCUGGAGACGGGCCUCCUGCCACAUGGCCAGCUGGAUCCGCCUCUCUGGUCGCAGCGGGGCAUCGGCAAGAUGUUCCUCUGGCCACGGAGCAUGCGGCGCCGCAUCCUGCCCUCCGUCAUGGAGUCCGUCGACGAGACGCCCAUCGACUACGUCUUCCGCAUCGUCAGCAAAAGUCGCCACGAGGAGUUCGCUGCCACCCAUUCGAUCCUGGACUUUGUGAGGAGCACUCCGCGGCGGGCGCAACUGAGCAGCUGCUCCACCACCGGCAGCAGCGACUGCUCCAACAAGAGCCUCUCCAUCGACCAGUUCCAGUUGGAGUCGCCGAUGCUCCUCCAGCAGCAGCAGCAGCAGCAACAGCAGCAACAACAGCAGCAGCAACAGCAAUUGCUCCAGGCACAAAGCACCAGCAUCGAAAUGGUCUGCUCCACGAUGCGGAGGCAGAUCAUCUCGAGGGCAUUUUACGGAUGGCUGGCCUACUGCCGCCACCUCUCCACGGUGCGCACCCACCUGUCCGGAUUGGUUCACGGCAGGAUUACGCCGGAGAUGAAAGCCGACGAGGAGGGUCUGACCAAGGAGCGCUGGGAGCUCUUGAACGUGGAUGGUGUUCUGGAGAACGCGACGGAGUUCUACCGCCUGGCUUACUUCGGUGGCGUGCAUCCCGACCUGCGCAAGGAUGUGUGGCCCUAUCUCCUGGGACACUAUGCCUUCGGCUCCACCAGCGAAGAGAGGAGGAAGCAGGACGAGACCUGCAAGCACUACUACGAGACGACGAUGAGCGAGUGGCUGGCGGUGGACGCCAUUGUGCAGCAGCGGGAGAAGGAGAAGACCGCCCGGGCGGUGGCCAAGCUGAGUUCCGGCAGCAAUUCCGGGAACGAGAAGACCGUGCGGGCAGCGGAUCUCGAGCUGGAGAACGAGGUGUUCGAGGACAUCUCGGAUAUAUCCGAUCCCGGUGAUCUGGAGUUCGAUGAGCAGCAGCAGCAGCAGCAGGCGGAGUCUUCGGUGAGCGGCAAUCACCUGAGUGUGAAACCCAUUCCGAGGGCCAUGAAAACCAGCACGGACUCGGGUCACGUGGACGAGGGCGAUAACUUCAAUGAGCUGGACGAACAGGAGGAGGAGGAGGCGGAGCAGGAGAAGCCAAAGGAUCAGCAGGAUCCGUCUCGCAGUCAGGAGACCGAGGAGGAGGAGCGAAAGCUGGAGGAUCAGCUCAAUCCGCAGCCGAGUUGCUCCACCUCGACGGCCUCCUCCUACGAAACAGUGGGUCCUGGUGGUGGAAACCAGCAGCCAACCAGCGACACACGAAGUGUCCUCAGUCCGGAGUACCUGAGCGCCGACGAUCUCCAGUUGCCGGAGGACGAGGAUGCAGUGAAGCCCCAGACGCAGCAGACACAGCAGACGGCGGCCGUCAUCAUAACGAAGGCCUCCGUGGACAUAACCCACUGGGAAAGGAGUCCCAAGGCGGAGGAGGGCGGACGAAUGUCGCCAGUUGGCGAACAGGCUGGGGAAGCAACAGCAGGUGGAGCAGGAGGAGGUCCCAGUCUGGACGCUCUGCAGCAGCCGAAGUCCGCCUGCGCUUCGCCAGCCAGCUCCAAUGGAGGUGUCUACAGCAGCGAACUCCUCGAGCAGUUCGGCUUGAAUCUGCAUCGGAUCGAGAAGGACGUGCAGCGGUGCGACAGGAACUACUGGUACUUCGCCAACGAGAACCUGGACAAGCUGCGCAACGUGAUCUCGACGUACGUGUGGGAGCACCUGGACGUGGGCUACAUGCAGGGCAUGUGCGACCUGGUGGCCCCGCUCCUGGUCAUCUUCGACGACGAGUCGCUCAGCUACAGCUGCUUCUGCAAGCUCAUGGAGCGCAUGAUCGAGAACUUCCCCAGCGGAGGAGCCAUGGACAUGCACUUUGCCAACAUGAGAUCCCUCAUACAGAUACUCGACUCGGAGAUGUACGACCUGAUGGACUCGAAUGGGGACUACACGCACUUCUACUUCUGCUACAGGUGGUUCCUGCUCGACUUCAAGAGGGAGCUCGUCUACGACGACGUCUUCGCCACCUGGGAGGUGAUCUGGGCCGCCAAGCACAUCGCCUCCGGCCACUUCGUCCUCUUCCUGGCAUUGGCCCUGCUGGAGACCUACCGCGACAUCAUCCUCUCCAACAGCAUGGACUUCACCGACGUCAUCAAGUUCUUUAAUGAAAUGGCCGAGCGCCACAAUGCCCAAUCGGUGCUCCAGUUGGCCAGAAGUCUGGUCCUCCAGCUGCAGAUGAUCAUCGAGAACAAGUAGAGGAAUUAUAUAGAGCGUUAAUUCAGAUCGUAGCGUAGUUCAGUGAAAAUUUCGUUUGCCAAAGAUAGCAGAAAAUCCAAUUAGAAACCAAAGCGAAAUGGCGGAUUAAAGUAGCAAACAAUAAGUGUGUGUCGAUCGAUGUCUUCGCUAUAAAGAAAAGUAUUUAACCUAGAUUUGUAUGCCACCCGAAAACACUAAGAAAACACCUGUAACUGUAAUCCUAAUGGUAAUCCUAAUGUAUUUCUAUGUCUACAUAAGCUCUUCCUAAAAAACUCUUCGCGCAUAUCCCCAAAAAAUAGAGGAAACCAGAAAACAGGGGCAGCUAAUGCAAAAGACUCUCAACAAAAGAUUGAAAUCUUAUAUACGAAAUCCUUAUACAACUGUAUAGAAAUCUGUUUUACACACUUUGCACUCGAAAAAAACUUGUUUUUAGUGGGCUUUA